AGGACGCAGCACGCCGUGCGUGCGGAGAAGGAAGCUGCGGCGAGCGGAGCCGGGGUGGGGAGAGUGAGAGAGGGCGGAGAGCGCAGGACGGGAGGCAGCGUCGCGACACCACCACACUCGUAGGCCGCGCGUAGAGGGGGAGGCCGGAGCCGGCAACGAGGCCGAGGGAGCUUACCCAGAAACCAGGUGGAAUAGUCGGGUUCAGUUGACAACAAUGCCAUUUCCAUUUGGCAAGUCGCAUAAGUCUCCAGCAGACAUUGUGAAAAAUCUGAAGGAAAGCAUGGCAGUAUUAGAAAAACAAGAUAUUUCUGACAAAAAGGCAGAAAAGGCAACAGAAGAAGUGUCAAAGAAUCUCGUGGCCAUGAAGGAGAUCUUGUACGGAACAAAUGAGAAAGAACCCCAGACUGAAACAGUGGCACAGCUUGCUCAGGAGCUGUACAACAGCGGCCUCCUUAGUACUUUGAUAGCAGAUUUACAGCUCAUUGACUUUGAGGGCAAGAAAGAUGUGGCUCAGAUUUUUAACAAUAUUCUGAGAAGACAGAUCGGAACACGCACGCCCACAGUGGAAUACAUCUGUACUCAGCAAAAUAUUUUGUUUAUGUUACUCAAAGGGUACGAAUCACCAGAAAUCGCUCUUAAUUGUGGCAUCAUGCUGCGGGAAUGUAUUCGACAUGAACCAUUGGCAAAAAUUAUACUGUGGACUGAGCCAUUUUAUGACUUCUUCAGAUAUGUGGAAAUGUCAACAUUUGAUAUUGCUUCAGAUGCAUUUGCUACAUUCAAGGAUUUACUUACACGACACAAACUACUGAGUGCAGAAUUCUUGGAACAGUAUUAUGAUCGAUUCUUUAGCGAAUAUGAGAAAUUGCUCCAUUCAGAAAACUAUGUCACAAAAAGGCAGUCACUGAAGUUACUUGGAGAACUUUUACUGGAUAGACACAAUUUCACCAUUAUGACAAAAUAUAUCAGCAAACCAGAGAACUUGAAGUUGAUGAUGAAUCUUCUGCGUGACAAAAGCCGCAACAUUCAGUUUGAGGCCUUCCAUGUGUUUAAGGUGUUUGUGGCCAAUCCAAAUAAGACUCAGCCAAUUCUGGAUAUCUUGCUGAAAAACCAGACUAAACUCAUCGAGUUUCUCAGCAAGUUCCAGAAUGACAGGACCGAAGAUGAACAAUUCAAUGACGAGAAGACUUACUUGGUCAAACAGAUCAGAGAUCUAAAGAGACCGGCACCCCAGGAAUCUUAAAGCAAUGUUAUGAAACAGAACUUAAGCAACUGCUGUCUAUUAUUGAACAUCAAGCACCCUUAUUCGAUUCUUAAGGAUUACUGCUAAUCUGCUGUCCAGUGAACGGUUUAUUUGUUUUUUUGUUUUGAAGUCAAAGAUGAAAUUUAGCUGCUGCUUUCCUGCGCAUUAGAGCACAACAUGGACUUUCUCUGGAGUUUUUUUUGUCAUUGAAACAAUACAAACGCACUGUCUUAUGGUUAAGCGUUGGUGAAGGGCAAUUUAGUUUAUGUAAAGAGUUAGAAAAUUAGAAUGGUUGAUAAAGGUUAACAGCAGUAAAACCAAGGUUGCGUGCCUGGUUUUUAAUCCCAUUUGGCAACUGUGCUGUAAAUUUGUGAUGGAUUUGAUCUGUACUAACAGUUAAGGACCCACGCCACAGUCAUAAGGGUUAAAGUGUUGGAUCUCCAUGCUGUUGAUUUUUCUUUUUGAACUUGAUGAAUUACUUGUGAUUUAAUUUAGUUGGGAACAUUUUUCUAUGAUCUGUUUUCUGAUGUCAUUUAAUAGCAUUUGCUCACAAAAUGAUUUAAAGUGAACUCAACCCUAAUGUGGGGUGGGGAGAGAAUUUAAUUAAUUAAUAACUUUUUGGGAUGCAAUGCUAUGCAUGAUGGCCAUAGGGAAAUCCAGCUCACAGCAUUGUGGCACAGAUAUUUCCCUGGUGCUUUCCUAGUGAAUAGUGUGUCCCAUCUGGAACACGUUUAAACCAGGGAACUUAUUGGUGAAGAAAUUGAUACGUGAAAUGCUACCAUCACCCUCCAACACCCCCACUCUACCACUGCAAACACACACAGUGCAGAAUGUAGUGUUUGCCAGCAGGAUUUCUUUGCAUAGUUGUACACAAUUCAUAAUCCUGGCAAAGAAUUGUAGAUCUGAGAAGUAUUCCUCCCUUCCAGCCCGCCCUGGGAUAUGAUUGUCUCCCUGAAUGUAUUUUAAGGAGAAUUAAUUUGUUGGAUAAGGGUUGUUCUUACAGGGAGAAUAAUGUACAUACACAUUUCAUUAGUUUAUAGAUUUUUGCAGGCAAUUUGAUUUUCAACAAUUGACAGAGUAGAUGCAUUCAAACAUGUUUUAGCCAUGUUAAUUUUAAUUAAAACUAUUUUCUGUUUUGGAGUUAGCAUUGCAACUCUGCACUUCAUUGGAGGGAUUUGCCAGUUCCUUGUACAUAACUCUUAGGCCGUUCAGUUCUAAAAAUAAUUUUGUACAGUGGAGGAAUGUUAUUGUAUUAGUCUAACUAUUUACUUAAUAUUGAGUUUUGCAUAUGAAUGCUGGUAUGUAAUUUGAAUAUUUCUGCUGAUCCCAUGAAAUUGCUGAUUUAAUAUUUGUAGUAGAACAGCACUCAAAAACCAAUUCCAUACUUAAGCUAUCUGCUAAAGAGCUGCCAUGAUCAGGAUAGGCUAACAUAUAAACUGGAUGCAACCACUCUUCACCCCUCACCUUGAAAAAAACAAAAACUGGAUUUAUCUUCACUAACAGUGAACCCCACACAUCCAGAUACUAAAAUUGGGACUUUAUUUAAAAUUGGCUAAAUAAUCCUGCAGAAAAGUUCUUUGCUUAUGUGUCCUUAAUAUAAGCUUACCAAAUAAAGUUGUAGCAUCUAACUUUUCUUUCCAUACCAAUUUUUAACCCUCAGCCCUUGCCUUGAAAUGUGUGUUGGCUUUUAGAUUCCAGGGCAACAAGUUUUCCACUUUUGUAAGCUUGGAUGUUAGAAGAUAGUAUCUGAAAGAAGUUGGUGCAAUUUUCAAAAACAUCCUUGCUACAAUGUUUUCUAUUGGGCUGUAUUGAAAUAGAUAUUUAGUAAAUGUUGCACACCUAAUCUAAAGCCAAUAUAAACUGACCAUACCUUUUAAAAAAAACUUGUUUUAAAACAUUGCAAAAACUACCAUGAAUUAGCCUAUUCUUUUCCUCAUUACAAAUGCAUGUUAAACCGAGUGACCUUGUGCUACUGACUCUAGAAAUAUUGUAUUUGAAGUCACUAAUGUGAAUUUAGCCAUAAUGUACAAAUAUUAGUCAAUAUUUUAAAUUCCUGUGGAGUUACUGGCAGAACUGGAUUAUUUGAAUGUCCAUUUAAUACUUACAGCUUUGACACCUCAGUUUCAUGAUGAAUAUAAUGCAAGUUUUGUCACUGGCUGGGGAAAGUUAACAAUCUACGCCUUGCCUGAAACUUGGUUGUAAUACUGAUUACAUUUUACCCUGGACACUUAGGUCUGCAUUCAGUGUUGCUGUAUACAGUUUUAGCCAUCUCCAUUCACACAGUACAGACUUCUUAAGGAUACAUGUACAGCCAUCAUUGUAUCUGGAAUCGACUUUUGUUUUAUUAGAAAUACCCAUAGGGAUUAUUUUUUUUAUAUGAAGGCUGCAUAACAUAACUCAAUGGAAAGCAUUUACUUUACUGGCUGUUUUGCAAGUCUGUCAUUGUAUUAAGAGUAAUAACUUCCUGUGCAAUCCAUAUCACAAUUGGGUUGUAAAUGAAAGCAUGAAUUCACUUUCGGAAGAUGCUAAAUAUAUGAACACUUAAGAUAGCAUGAGUCUGGUUAAAACAUUCAUAAGCUGAUGCAGAUUAGCCAUAUGUAUAUUGAAAUGAUGCUGCAAGUAUAGAUUAUAUGAAGCUGUUGCGCUGGAAUCUUCAAGUAUUUGUGAAACAUUGCCCUCCAAAGAUAUUUCUGCAGGAUGUGAGCACAAUUUUUGAACAACUAGAACUGAUUUACAAUAGUAAAUCUUUCUAAACAUGUCCUGUCUCAUUAGAGAACAUGGUUUAACAUCAAAACAUCUGGCCCCAAGGAUACAAAUAAAUUUUGAUUAAAC